AGACUUGCUUGCUCGCCACCGGAAGGUUUUCCGCGCCUUGCGUGACGUCAUAAGGCAGCACCGGACGGAGAAGGCUGUACUUCCUGCAGCGCCUCAGGAACUUUCCGUUUUAAGGAGGAGACUCCUGCAGCGAAGAACUGGAAAGCCCGCGGUCAGCUGCAGCUCCUGGUUCUGAGCGGCUUUUCAGGCAAAUCGUCAGCCACUGCAGUUCCUGCACCUUGAGCCUGCGGUAGUUGCUGUCCCUGAGCUUCUGAGUUUUUUUUUUUUUUAACAUGUCUGUUUUCUUCAAAAUGAAUGUUAGUGUUGCUUUCUUAAGACCUCUUGCCAGGUUUUUGGUGCCAUUUACCCUUUCAAGGAAGGGAAGGAAUUUAUAUUCAACAAUACUGCAGAGACAUAUGUCUUCCAAAAUAACAUUUGUAUCUUAUCCUGAUAAGGAGAGUGCAUCUCCUCCUAAACAGCUAGAAUUGGAUGAGUGGAAAACUACAAUGAAAUCUAGUGUGCAAGAAGCAGCUGUUUCCACAGUCCCAAGUAACAAGGAUGAAGAUGUUCUAGCUGCCACCAGAGAAUUAAUUGAGAUGUGGAGAUUGCUUGGGAAAAAUGUACCAGAACAUAUCACUGAAGAAGAGCUCAAGACCAUCAUGGAAUGUGCCUCUAAGUCAUCAAAAAUAAAAUACUUAAAUUUUUUGUAUAUUAAAGAAUAUCGGAAGAGAGCUAAGCAAAACAAAAAGGAAAUGAAAGCAGCAGCAAAGGCAGAAGCAAAAAAGGACAACCUGUUAGAAACCACUGAAGAAGAUAAACAGAAAGACUUUCUAUUUCUUCGAUUUUGGGACCAGAGGGAGAAUAUUGCAGUGGAUUGGAAGUGUGCCCAGGCUGUGCAGUUUGGACAACCUUUGGUUUUUGAUAUGGCGUAUGAUAAUUAUAUGAAACCAAGGGAACUGCAUAAUACUGUUACACAACUUUUAGAAAGUGAAGGAUGUAACAGAAGAGAUGUUGACCCUUUUCAUCUUUACUUCUGCAAUCUUAGAAAAGAUAGUGCUUACCAUAUAGAGUUAGUUAAAAGGUAUAAAGCAAAAUGGGACAAAUUGUUCAUAACAGUAACAGAAAAGUCAUAUGUAGAUUUAUUUCCAAAGGAUAAUAUCAUAUAUUUAACUGCAGAUUCUCCCAACAUUAUGACUACUUUCAAGCAUGACAAAAUUUAUAUAAUUGGGUCAUUUGUUGAUAAAAAAAUGCAGCCAGGUAUCUCCCUAGCCAAAGCAAAACGGUUAAACCUGGCAACAGAAUGCCUUCCAUUAGAUAAAUAUUUACAGUGGAAUAGUGGUAACAAAAAUCUUACCUUAGAUCAAAUGAUGCGUAUUUUGUUAUGUCUGAAAAACACUGGUAAUUGGGAAGAGGCUCUGAAAUUUGUUCCCAACAGAAAACACAGUGGUUUUGUAGACAUUUUUAAGCAUCCUCCAGAGUUCAUGAACAGACUGAAGAAGGCAAAGACUUUUAAUUCAUUCCCAAAAGGUACUUUAAGUAGAAAGACACAAAUAUGGCAUAAAAAAACUGAUAGCUUAAAAAGUAAUUAGAGUGAAACUAUAGUUGUAUUUUUUGGUUUGUUUUGGUACUGGGGAUCGAACUCAGGACCUUGUGCUUGCAAGGCUGGUGGUGGAACCACUGAGCUAAAUCCCUGGCCUUAUAGUUGUAUUUACUAAUGGAAAUAUAGUCCUGUUAGCAAUUUUUUUUUUCCUUGUACCAGGAUUUUUGCGGUGCCAGGGAUUGAACUCAGGACCUUGUA